CUUCACCACACUCGACAACUUGUCGCAUUGCACCUCGACAUCGCCAUUGACUUUGACGACAUCGAACAUGGAUCGCAGUCUGGACGAAAUCAUCGGCGAACGCCCUGCGCGCGGCCGCGGCGGUGGCAGAGGCGGACGAGGACGAGGACGCGGCGACGGCGAUCGACGCCCACCGCCUCCAUCAUUGAGACCGCCACGUAGGGAAGAGUAUCCCCGAGAUGGAGUACGAAAGUACCGUCGCGAUGAACCAACAAACUUGGACUCGUACUACAACACCGACUACAGAUCACGCAGAGCAGAAGCUGACACAAGAGAAAGCGAGUGGGUGCAUGACCGCUUCGAAGAGGAUCGAUAUGACCGACGAGGCUAUCGGGGUCCUGCUGAGGACGACGACCGCUACGCUCCCAGAGGCGCUGCGCCACGCGGCGGCGGCGGUACCAAGAUCAGAGUGGACAAUGUGCACUACGAGCUCACCGAAGACGAUUUGCGCGAACUAUUCGAGCGCGUAGGCCCGACAACCUCUGUUCGCCUUCUGUACGACCGCUCCGAUCGAUCGACCGGCACAGCAUACGUGAUCUACGAGGACGAGCGCGACGCACGUGAUGCUUUCGAGAAAUUCGACGGCUGUCCUGCUAAUGGCCAGGCCAUCCGCCUCACUGUUAUGCCAAACGGCCCGGCAGAACCCGGUCCACCACCACGCGCACUUGCAGACCGUGUUGAGCGCGCACCGCGCAGCAUAUUCGAGCGCAUCGAAGGUGGCAGAGAGGACAGCAGAGAUGGAGGACGGAGAAGACGCGCGCGGAGCGACAGCCCGAGACGACAAGCUGGAGACACCUACGCGCCUCGCUCGCGAUCGCCUCCAAGACGCCGUGGUGGUGAUCGAGGUGGUCGUGGGGGCGGCAGACGUCCUGGCGAGCGACGGGAAGAGAGAGGUGGCAGACCAGCACGCAAGGCUCGCACAGACGACGAGGGCCGCCCGCUUGUUGGUGGCAGACCGAGAAAGACUGCCGAAGAGCUGGACGCUGAGAUGAACGACUACUGGGGUAGCAAGGGCGAUGCUGCAGAGAGCAAUGGCAAUGGUGCGGCGAAUGGAGGCGGAGAGACUGCUGGAGGAGACAUUGAUAUGGAUAUCUAGAGAGACACUCACUCUCUGCCAUGUCAUACUAGGCGAGCAGAUGUGUAGCCUCGCCCCAUCUCAUCAUGAGACUUGUACCAUAAGGUCCUUCUUCCAAGAAGAACCCGAAAACGCCAAAGCGCCACGCUCGCUGAGAACAACGCUGCCAUAGAAAAACCAAAUCAAUCAAGCAGCAAGAAAUCCUGUCGUUCAAGCCCUCCAUCAUCAAAUCCCCAACUCUCC